AUGACACUGUACACAGCAAGGACAAGCUGCAUUUUCUAUGCUUACCCUUACAAAGGAAUCAAUGCAAGCGAAAUCAAAGAAGGAUUAAAACAAUUUAUUCAAUACUUUGAUACAAAUGGAGAUGAAACAGAAAACUUGCAGCAACCAGUUGUAGGAAUAAUUAAUGAUAUGGAUAAAUCAUGGAAUGGCAUCAGAAUCGGAAUAAGUUACUCUUUUUUCAAUUCUGAAAAUUAUUUAAACGGAAUCGUCGCAACAAGCCUCAAUCCAUUCAUUGUAUUAAUAGGAAAAUACAAAAGAGAUAGAACAAUUGAAAUUGUCGUUCCAACUGUUGUUGUUGGCGCAAUCGUUAUUGUAACAAUCAUUGUUAUUGUUGUAAAUUGGAAGAAGAUUAAGAGAGAGUGCUGCGGUGCUCCAUUUGAUGAUGAGGAUGCAAUGAAUAUUUAA